AUCACUCCUUAACCUCGGCGAGCGAAUCGUGCGCGUCCGAAUUUGCUAUACGAUAACAUUUAGGCUCAGUCUGCGUAUUAAGUUUGGAUAUAACACUAGUGCCACGCUAAUACAAUGAAGGCCGGAGUAUUUGCCUUGCUGUUGGUCGUCUGCUAUGUGGAAUGUAAAAAGACGUACGCGCCCAUCAACAAACAUGCCAACGUUGACUUUAUUAACAUGGAAAGCGGAGGGAUAAGACCGGCACCGCGUCCUGGUACCGUGCCGUCCCCUGCCAAGCCUCAGCCAACACCGGCCCAAGCUCCCCAGCCAACACCACCCAAGCCAGCCCAACAACUACCGCCUAAGCAGGCCCAAACACCGAGUACUCCUAAACCAGUACCAGUCACCAGCAAAGCGCAACCAGCGAUCACGCCCGCUCAACCGAACACACCCAAUCAAGUCAAGCCGGUACCCGUGAAUCCGGCGCCGGUGGCCAACCCCAUCACGACCCCUGGACCCGGCAGUGUCAAGGAUUUAGUCAACUUCUACAACAGCCAAGGCAAAGGCAGCCCUAUCCGUCCCUACAGCUACAGCCAGGCGGUUAAACAAGGAUAAAUAAUUGUGAUAUCGUUUGUAUGAAUGAAUGAAUGUUCUAAUAAAACCUUUUUUUAAUAUUA